UACAUAAACUAAUGGAGGAAGGGGGCAUGUCAGCGGUACCUAAAACCAAGACUCCGUCGCCGGUGACGCCGUUAUCGCCGACGAUGAUGAAGGACGUCAAAGCCUUAGUCUCAUUGUACUCGAACUAUUUCUGGAACCGAUUGCUCAGCCUUUUUCCUAAUCCAAAUUCCAAUUUUCGCACCAAAAUUUCCAGUUUUUAUCAUUCUUCUACUACUAGUACUACUCGCGGAAGCUCCAAGCGACGCCGUCGCACCACUUGCCUUCCUCUCCCUUUGCCUCCGGCUUCUUCGCCGGACUCUCCUUCUUCACUGCUUACGGUAGAAGCAUCUAAGAUACGCAAUGUGUUGGAGGAUGUAAUGGAGUGUGUCUUUCUAAAUUUGCAUUACAUACAGAAGAACUUACAAUUCUGGCAAUCUAGAGCGGAGGGAUCAAAUGCUCAAAAAGUAUACUUCAUGGUCUGUGAGAGAGGGCCAAAUGCUUUUGUCAAUGGCGUAAUACAGCUGAUGCGUGAUUCUCUUGCAGAGCAUACUGGGAUGCAGCGGAUGUCUUGUUCAGCCUCUUCUUACAUGUCUGAGAGAAUUAUUGUCCUUACUAAUCUAAGAUACUUUUUGGCUGCGUUUUUGGCACAGGUUUACACAGAGACUGAUAGAGUUGGAGAGGAUUUAGUUAAGGAGCCUGAGAAGUCGGUGCCAUCUUUAUUGGUCACCGUCAAUGACUUGUUUUUGAAAUUGGAGGCAUCAAUCGGCCAUUUCCAUGCCAUGCGUCAGGGUGAUUCGUCUGUUGAUGGAAGUUAUUCCUUUCCUUUAAUGUUUGAGAAACUUCCAGAAGUAAACCAGGAAGGCUCACAGUGGACAGAGUGUGAAACCACAGACGCUAUUAACUUGAUCUGUGAAAAUCUACACAAAUUGGACUCUUAUUUGUCUACUCUGGUUACCAAACAUCGAAAGCCAAAGAAAAUGACUUUAUAUUGGAUGCAUUAUACCGGUGGGGUUGUUGGCAUCUCUCUUUGUUCGUUAUGGCUUCUUCGUCAUAGUCGAUUGAUGGGGAGCUCUGAUAUUGAUAAUUGGAUAAGUGAGGCAAAGGAUUCAACACUAAGCUUUUGGAAUGAUCAUGUAGAACAGCCACUUCUGUCUAUAAGGAAUGAGCUCUUUGAGACAUUCAGGAAGAGGCAAAAGGGUGUAAUGGAACGUGAAGAAGUACAGUUUACUGCUGACUCUCUUCACAGAAUGUUAUUAGCUUUCAGUGAGCAGACAAAAGGUCACAAAUUGCCACAGAAUGCGUCAGACCAGGAAAUGCUUGAAAUUGUCAUGGGCAGGUAUGAGAAAGAAGUUAUGCAUCCGAUCCAGAAUCUUGUUGGGGGAGAACUUGUUCGUUCUCUCCUUAUACAGGUUCAGAAGCUAAAGCUGGACAUUGAGACAGCAAUGCUCGAGUUAGACCAGAUUCUCAGGGCCAAUGAGAUCAACUUUGCUAUUUUGGCUGCUUUACCAGCAUUUGCUCUCUCCCUUAUUUUGCUGAUGUUGGUGCGCGCAUGGCUUAAACAGGAUACAAGAGCAGAAGGUAGGGGGAGAGUUGCUCGGAUUCAAAGAAGGCUGCUUGUAGUUGAGAUUGAGAGAGGGAUUAUGCAAAUUCAGACUUGCAGAGAUCAAGGGCUGGAAAAUGAUGCUGAAUGCAUGUUUGGGCUGGUUUUGUAUUCCUUGGAUCGCUUAUACUGUGCUGUGGAGAGGCAUGCAAAAGCAACCGGUGAAUGGAUGUGUUUGAGACAGGAUAUAUAUGAUUUGGCGAAGCCAGGCCUUCAAUCUGCAAAUAAGCUCAGGAUUACAUCGCGCAUGGAGCGGGUGUACGACUGCUUGCUUCCUUCACCAAAACGACAAUGAACCUACAUUGUUUUCACAAAAUUUUGCAAGACUACGCAAGACAUUCAUUUGGUAGAGAACUGAUAGAUGGUUUUUCUUUUGUUACCGACAUGCUUUAGUAAUUUGUAAGCUGCAAAUUUUGGAAAGAGUUGCAGCACAGGGGCAUCAUCUUUUUGGUAUAGCAAAGAACUGAGCUUUCUCCUCUCACUUUUCUGGCGGUAUAUACCCAAGUUAUUGACUAAAGAAUGUUAGAAGAUGGAUUCUUGUUUAUUGGCUACAAAUUACUCGGACAACUACAGCUGCUUUUGAAUAUGUUCUCUAGUAUAGCUUUGGGAGAUCAGAGAAAUGAGGGGUCUAUGCAAAUAAUAUUUGGUUUUUUUUUU